CUUGACUUUUGCCAUCGUUUUCUCGACUUGGUGGUCCAUAUGCCCUUGUAAAUGCAACAGGAUGAUGACUUUUUGAUGUAAAGUAUGUUCUGGUGUCAUGGAGGGUUUUUUCCUUGUUGCAAUGACUGUCCUUUUUCAUAUGACUGUCAUACCUUCAAAUGCCAUACUCGUCCUAUAAGCAAGUAGCUUGAUGCACAUAUCCCACAACCAGCGCGCCAUUGCAUGUGAAACUCCCAACAGUCCAAUCCCUUUUGCGGGGGAACCAUCCCCAGCACCACCCCACCGUCAUUCCCAAGAAGGACAUUUGCAAGAUCGCCGCGAGGAGUUGAUCCUUCCCCCCUCGCCCGCGCGCGUGUAAACGUAAUGCCCCCCUGUACAGUGGUGUUGGUUGGAAUGCAACCUGCUCCGCUUCUUCUUCUUCUGCCUGAAGAGCGAGCGUACCCUUGUUUGCAAGUGGGCCGCUUUGCUUUUAGCAAUUGAGGCACGACUGGAUUCUGGAGAGCUUGUCAUAUUGUUUGGACUGUUGGCUCUGGUAGGGACACCUUCCGCGCGUAUUCCAGCGCUGCAAUCCGCGUGUCACUGUGCGUGUCAAUACCCAGAACAAGGUGUUUGGCCAAACCGACUUCCAAUGGCAGCUCAACACACUUAAACAUCCUUUAAGCGACAACUCGACGCGUCAAUUGUGCAGACUUUCUCAACGCAAUAUAGGGAAUUGAACGAACGACACGUCUCAAACGUGAGAAAAUACACGCUCCCGUAUACUAAUCGAGAAUUGCAAAGGGCAGGCAGAAGCGCUUGAGGACGGGCCACCAGUGUAGCGGGGGUCAUGGCAAGUACCCGCACGGCAAGAACUAGCGAGUGCCGUUCGGGAGAUACUUCCAAGAAACCGCAAACCCGGCACUACGAAAGGCUUGCUGCGCUCUUCUUGCGACGUCCAACGAAGCAUGCAGUUUCAGUUGAUGACUUGAGAUUACAAGGGAGUAGACUGCCAAGUAGAGUGCCGAAAUAUAAUAUAUAUCUAGAAGACAUGGAGGAUGACGACGACACAACCGGCACAUCUCUAGUAUCGCUUGGUCAAAGCGAGCGUGAUAGGCGGGAGAGCGCACAUGUCAGUAGCCAGGAUGCCCAUAACCGUGUGAAACCGUCGCGAAAGCCCGGUGUGCUCAGGAGAGUGGCUAGAUUCUUGCGUACAUCAUUGACUCAACAGCCGCGGAGCGAACGUCGAGGGAUAAAACUGGAAGAAGCCGAGGAGAGCCAGGCAAAACAGCGAACCAACAAUGUGUUUGGUACAGUGAAUACGGGAGUUGACGGUUUUAAGCGUCAAAGUAGCUAUGGCAUCGGGUUGGAUGUUCUCUUUGUGAACCAAAGGAACGGAGUAGUGGGGGCGGAGCAGAAACAGAACUUGCUAGUUGAUGAGGAUAAACCGCGCGGGUCGCGGCUAUCCGGCUCGGGUUAUGCUCAACGGACGCAGAAUCGAGCAUCUGGGAGAAGAUUAUCGGUUGCAGCAUCAGAUUUUUUCACACGACUCACCCGGAAGCGAUCGUCCCGUGCAUCCGAGGAAACCUCGGGCAAUGUUUUUAUUGUCCCAGUCAGCAUUCACGAUGAGACGGAUUCCUUGGGGAAAUCUGAAAAGACCGAAAUCUCUGCCAUCGAAGUCUGUCACAUAGCGCAAGAAAAUGCGCUUGCCCCGACUCCGCCAUCGGAAGAGACAACCGAAGUUCGACAACAGGGUAGAUUUACGGUUACCCGGCAGCACAGCGUCCGUGUUCUCGCGAGAAAACGUACUUUUACUUUUGAGCGAAUAGAAGCCCCUGCGGCGUGUCCUACGGGAUUGCAUGUGCUCGAUCCGUGCCGAGGGCAUGGAGCAGAUGACGGCUUGUACGCCAGUAGUGAGCUUCAAUCGACUGAUUUGACGCUCACGAUGACUUCGUCCGUCCCGUCUCAAUUGGUUUCUAGCGGAAGAUCGUCCCCUUUAUUCGGCCAUGCCCGAAAACCUUCCGACCCUUGGAGUGAUGAUCAAUGCACUCUCACACAGGGUAGUACAAGCUUUAUUACCACAAUCUCCAAUAGAUCUUUUGAAGUCAUUGAAGCGAACGAAAUCAACGUUGUUGAGCCACCGGUAGAUGAAUUUCUUACGAAUACUGAUGCUGCCAUCCAGGGCAUGUCCAAUGAUUUGGAAAUGACAGCACAAAUGCCGGCCGUCCCGUCAGCUGAGUCACCAGAACCAUCGGAACCGGCACAAGAACAUCGUAUUCAGGAUCCGAUCGUCGUCGAAAAGUCACUGAAACGCAGCACCAGCUCCUUUCAUAUCAUCACUGCCAAUCUCGACACCGAGAACGCAUCGACACUUGUAUCAUCCCCAACGCCUCUUUGUUCACACGAGUUAGAUUCAUCUACAGAAUCUGUUUCCUUGUCUCGCUCGCUGUCAUCAGCAUCUGUGGAAUGCCGGAAAGAAUUGUCAAUAUCCACGGUUACGAGUAGAACUGGUCGGACAUUUACACUCGAACGCAUGUUGGUCCGCGAAUCCUCCACAGGGUCUUUGAAAGGAUUGGCUGCUUCAACGUUAGAACCUGCAGUGGUUGAUGAUGGAGGUCCAACUAGAUCCAGACCUACCGUUUAGAUGAUAACAUACUCCUUGGUUAACCCAGGAUGCGCUAGAUUGAUACGUAUUAUGAGGGUUCUCCCACAUUAUAUUAGUUUAUGCACGCCUCAGCAAAUUGUAUAUCUUUAUAUUACUCUGGACAUAGACGUUUGGUGUUUAUUCCGCUGGAUGGCCAUAUGUAGGACUUCAGGUAGAAACAGCUCACACUGCAUUGCGCAAAUUAAACACGUACGGGCACGCGGACAUUUCUGGUUCGG